UUGCCAUACGCUCAAACACUGACGUGGGGAACGAAAAGAAAUGGAUAGUCUGCUUGCUUGGUUUACUCUCUUCUUCCUUGUAGCCCUGGUUCUGCUGCUCAAACAGAGACGAUCAAGGUUACUUGGUGCCAAGAAACGACCACCGGGGCCUCCUGCUUGGCCGGUUGUUGGUAACAUCUUCAAUCUUGGAUCCGUUCCUCACCGGAAUUUAUACAGGCUUAGGCUCAAGUAUGGACCUGUAAUUUGGUUAAGACUCGGGUGCACUAACGGCCUUGUAAUACAGUCCGCCAAGGCAGCUGAAGAGCUGUUCAAGAAUCACGACGUUAGUUUCAGUGACCGGAAAGUUCCUGAAGCUUUCACAGCUCAUGAUUAUCAAAAGGGUUCGAUUUCUCUUGGAAGGUAUGGCUUCAAGUGGCGCCUUGUUCGCCGUGUUGUUACAGUGGAGCUCAUGACCCACAAGCGAAUCAACGACACUGCCUUGGUUCGGCGGAAGUGCAUCGACAAUAUGAUACAAAAUAUUGAGGAGGACGUAGCAGCAGCAGUUGCACGAGGAGAAACGGGGGAAUUGGCAGUAGCUCAUUAUGUCUUCGUAAUGGCAUUCAACCUGAUAGGCAACCUGGUGAUUUCACAGGAUCUUUUGAAUUCUCAUUCGAAAGAGGGGCCUGAGUUCUUUGAGGCCAUGGACAAGGUCAUGGAGUGGAGUGGGAAGCCAAACGUAGCUGAUUUUUUGCCAUUUUUGAAAGGGUUGGAUCCCCAGAGGAUCAAGAAGAAGAUGGAGCGAAACCUGGGACGAACUCUGAAAGUAGUGGAUGGGUUCGUCAAGAAGAGGAUUGAAGAUAGGAAAUUAAUGAAAAGAAGAGAAGGCAGGGACUUCUUGGAUGCACUGUUGGAGUAUGAAGGUGAUGGGAAGAAUGGACCUGAUGAGAUCUCAGCCCACAGAAGACUCAUCAUCAUACUGGAAAUAUUUGCUGGGACAGAAACUACAAGCGGCACCAUUGAAUGGACACUGGCGGAGCUGUUCCGCCACCCAGAAUCAAUGAGAAGAGUUAAAGAAGAGCUUAAUCGAGUAGUGGGGUCGAAGAGAAAAGUUGAGGAGAGUGACAUAGAUGAAUUGCCAUAUCUACGUGCAGUGAUCAAAGAGUCGAUGAGAUUACAUCCUGCACUCCCAUUAUUGGUUCCAAGAAACACCUUGCACGACACAAACUUCAUGGGAUACUAUGUACCUAAAGAUACACAAAUUUUCGUCAAUGCUUGGGCUAUAGGAAGAGACCCAGAUGCUUGGGAGGAUCCCUUGUCUUUCAAGCCUGAGAGAUUUCUACGUUCAGACAUUGACUACAGAGGACAAAACUUCGAGUUGAUCCCAUUUGGAUCUGGAAGACGAAUUUGUGCAGGCUUCCCAUUGGCUCACCGCAUGCUUCACCUUUCUUUAGCCUCUUUGCUUCACAGUUUUGACUGGGAGCUUGGCAGUAAUUCAUCUCCAGAGACCAUUGACAUGAAAGAAAGGAUGGGUUUUACAGUGAGAAAACUUAUCCCUUUGAAAGCAAUACCCAAUAAGAAGAUCACAGCAGAAUGAUCAUAUUGAAGAAUCUCUCCAUCUCUAGAAGUUUCUGUAGCUAGAUCAUUCAGCAGAAUAGUUUGGAAAAGACAGCCAUUGUAGAAAUAUCUAGAACCACUACCAUUGUAGAAAUAUCUAGAACCACUACCAUUCAAGAAGCUUCAGGGAUCUUCGACAAAAAAAAAUAAAUAAAUAAAUAAAGAGAAGCUUCAGGGAUCUUCGCAUCACACCCCUUUAUAACUUGUGGAGAAUCUUGCUUUGGCUGCCGAUUGUAAGUAGUUUAAAUAUGUGUUUGUGAGUGUACAAUGUUGUGUUUGUGAGUGUCCAAAGUCUUACAUGAAGUGUAUGUUUGUAAAAUGGAGUGUCCUAGAGAGUCGGUAAGCCCAUGAAAAAAUAGUAAGUUUUUCCAAUUGAGAGUGUACGAAGUGUUUGCAUUACUAAUUGUAAAAUUUUAGUUUUCCUCUUAAUAAAGUGUGUUUCAAAUAA